UUAUCACCAGAAUAAUUUCAUGAAAUAUAAAAUAUUCUUAUGUACAGAAAUAUCUUUUCAAACAAUUUAAAUUCAUUUUGAAUAGGAACAAUUUCAGUUAGAUGAAAAACUGCUUCUUUUGUAUGAUAAUGAGAGAAGAGUGAAGAUUUGUGAAGAAGAGUGCAAGAAAUUUCAGGAUAGCAUAUGGAUGUUGAAGCAGCAGAGGAAGAAGGCACUGGAAGAGCUUAAGCAUAAGGAUCUCAGUAAAUUGGGUUGUCUUAUUGCUGAAACAACAUCAGAUUUACAAAAAACGGAAACUGAAUGUCAGAAGAAAUGUCAAAAACUGAAGUCCAAAGAAAGAACUGUGGAACAUCUGACACACAAAGUUAAGUUAGUUUUUGAUUCACUGGAGAGACAGAAACAACUUGAAAUUAAACAGAAGCAGAUUAUUCAGCAAUUGGAAAAAGAUCUUGCCGAGGUACAGACAAUGGAAGCAGAGUAUAAGAAAUUAAUUCAGAGUCAGGAAACUGAUGAACUCUUGGAAGAAGAAAGG